AUGAAUCCCUUAAUGUUGGUCGGUGACAUCGUCGAGAAGGAGACGCCGCCCGCGAAGCCUCCAGUCGCAUUCAACGACAUCGACGCCGCCCCGACCGGCUUCCCUGCACACAAGAAACGCACUCGCGUGUCGGCCUUCAAGCAGCAGCGGCAAGGCAAGCCCGUCACUGGCGCCGAGACCGCCGCGGCGACAAGCUCCAUCUCGACACAACCGGAAGAAAAUGGCGGCAGCGACUCGCAAAAGUCUUUCGAGGCCGCCGAGCGCCGCCGGAUCGAUCGCGAAAACAGGCAGAAGCUGGAGGACAUGAGCCCGGAGGACAUCGCUAGGGAGAGGAAGGAGCUGAUGGACUCCCUCGACCCGUCGCUCAUCCAACGUCUUCUCGGCAGGGCCAAUAUUGACGAGCAGCAUGGCCCCAAUCCCUUCGACCCGCCCGUCGCGGAAGAUAGCAAAGUCAAAGAGCCGGCGGCUCCGGCGCCAGAGAUCAAGAUUGAAGACACCGCUGCGCCACCAAAACCUCAAACUCAAAGUCGACCUCAAGCAACUUCAAAGCCCGCUCCAAAAUCCGUAUCCUUUGCCGAGGUAGAAGACUCGGAGUCAUCACCACCGCCUCCCGUGGACGAAGACAAACCUCCAACCGCGCCUCCGGAAGACCUCUUCCCGCUAAACUCCCAACCCGACAAGACGCACUUCCCCCAGCCGCCUGCGCUGCCCGACCUCGACCCCUCCCACCCGGACUUCCUUGCGACCCUCCACGAGAAGUUCUUCCCGAACCUGCCCGCCGACCCGAGCAAGCUCGCCUGGAUGGCGCCCAUCCCCACCGCUCACAGUCCUGCAGAUCGCGAGUCUCCCUACUACCCGGGCCAGCCCUCGCUGCCCAUCUCGGCGCUGCGAUUCGACUUCAAAGGCGGCCUGAUCCCGCCCAAGCUCAGCAGAUCGAUCCCUGUGUCCAAGGGGCUGCACCACCACGGCCAGGCGCCCGAGGCGGCGGGGUAUACGAUCGAGGAGCUUUCCAUCUACGCGCGGAGUGCCGUCCCCGCGCAGCGCUGCGUCGCCUUCCAGACGCUAGGACGGAUCAUGUACAGGUUGGGUAAAGGAGAAUGGGGCAACGGCGAGGAGGACAGUCUGGCGAGGGGCAUCUGGAGCAGUAUCCAGGAGGGACGGGUGCUGGAAAGUCUUUCAGAGGCGGCCAUAGUCGAGGGCGGCCACAGGGGAAGUCGUGCGUACGCCACGGAGGCGUUGUGGUUAUUCGAGAAGGGCGGCUGGAGAGAACAGUGGUCAGGCAGAUAG